AUGCUUAUGAAGGGUAUAGUUGAGAGCAUGGCGUGUGUGGUCCUGGGCCCAGCAUCCCGCCUGUGGCUCGUGCUCAGCCUGGCCGGCAGCGCUGCAGUCGCAGACGACGCCAGCGCGCCGCAGGGGGGCAACCACUCGUCGCUGCUGCAGGCGGACGCGGGCGCCUACCUGCGCGAGCUGGCCGGCUACUGGCCCUUCAACGACUCCCUCCAGCUGUCCCGCUUCGAGGAGUUCGACCACACGCACUUCGACGACCCGCGCGAGGCCAGCACGCCCGGCCCACCGCCGGGGGGCCGCGACCCGGUGUUCGACAACGACCUGGUGACCAACGUGACGGCGCAGCUGGGCGGCGCGGCCUUCCUGCGCUGCCGCGUGCGCCACCUGGGCGAGCGACCGGUGUCCUGGGUGCGGCGCCGCGACUGGCACAUCCUCACCUCGGGCGCGCUCACCUACACCAGCGACGAGCGCUUCCAGGUGGCGCACUCGCCCGGCGGCGACGACUGGACGCUGCACGUCAAGUACGUGCAGAAGAGGGACAACGGCACGUACGAGUGCCAGGUGGCGACCGGCUCGGGCACCAUCUCGCACUACUUCAACCUGCACGUGGUGGUGCCGGCGGCCUUCAUCCUGGGCAGCGACGAGCACCACAUCGGCGAGGGCAGCACCAUCUCGCUGGUGUGCAUCAUCGAGCACAGCCCCGUGCCGCCGCAGUACGUGUUCUGGUACCACAACGAGCGCAUGAUCAACUACGACACGCAGCGCGGGGGCGUGGCCGUCAGCACGGAGCCCGGGCCCAAGACGCACAGCCGCCUGGUGAUCAGCAGCGCGGCGCGCGGCGACUCGGGCAACUACACGUGCCGCGCCUCCAACACCGAGCCCGACACCGUGCACGUGUUCGUGUCCACGGGCGACAACACGGCCGCCAUCCAGCGCCAGGAGUCGUCCUGCCCGGCCGCGCGGCCGCCGCUGCUAUUGGCCGCGCAACUGGCCGGCUGCGCCCUGCUGCUGUGGGCAGUCAGGGUUGAGGCGGGCUCCCGCCGCAGCAGCACGCGACUCGCCGACGGCUGCUGGCCCGUCCUGAGUGCUGGACCUCCGAGGCUAGGAGCCGGCGCCCCUAACCCCUGUCCAGCCACCCUCCAGGGACAGCGAGCCCGCGCGAGAGACCAGCUCCGUGACGGGUCUGCAAGGAAGCUCACACACGACUCCAUCGCCAGGGACGAAACUACCCGUGCAGCUAGUUCCCUGUGCUCGCUAACGAGGGCGCAGUGA